AUGGGAAAGUACACAGAUGCAGAGAAAAACGCAUGUCCGCAUGGCGACGUUCGUUGGCCGCCACCAGGCGAGUAUCCAGACGCACUGCAGCUUUUCUACGAAGAAAAAGGCGAUCGCAAACGCAUAUUCUACAACCUAAUCCACGACAACAGCACAAGCAAAGCCAAACAAUGGGAGACACAAGUAACCACAACAGCAAAAGCAGCACAGGAGAAGAACAAAGGUAUGCACCCAAGGAUGGUGGUGACUGCUGCUUUCAAUCAGAAACAGGCUGUGAAGCAGAUCAGCUCGGGGCCGAGGGGGACGCUUUGGUUGCUUGGAGAGGGCCAUGAGCAUAUUUGGGAGUGUUUGAAGGUCUUGCAGGACCAGGCGGAAGCUGGAACGGUGAGGAUAUCUGCGGAUAAUGAUCAGAGAUUUCGUCUCUUUGGAGUAGGUGUGAAGGGCAUCAAGGGAGAUAUUUUGCUUGUCAGCGAGAAGGUUGAGUUACGAAAGCCAGCCGACUGA